CGGGCGCUGUCAUGCUCCUGCCGCGCGGCGGCCGGCUGCGCCCCGGGGCCGCUAGAUAGGCGCGGGCAAGAGGGCACCCGGAGGGGCUGAAGAUGAAGGUGCCCGCGCAUGGGCCCCCGCUGAUUGCCAGCCCCUCCCGAGCCCGUGGCCGGCGCGGAGCCGGAGGCCUCCGAGGACCCGCCUUCGCCGCAGUAGCAGCUGGAGCAGCGACAGAGGCGGCAGCUGCGGCGGUGGCGGCGGCGCCCCUCGCGCCAGCGCGUAAAGCGGCGGCGGCAGCUCGGGGGCCGCCGCUGCCCCGGCUGCCAUGAGUUGUGCGGAGGUGAUGUAUCACCCCCAGCCUUAUGGAGCGCCCCAGUAUCUGCCCAACCCUGUGGCAGCUGCAACCUGCCCAACAGCCUACUAUCAUCCGGCGCCCCAACCUGGCCAGCAGAAGAAGUUAGCGGUAUACAGCAAGAUGCAGGAUUCUCUGGAAGUCACCCUUCCCAGCAAACAAGAGGAGGAGGAGGAGGAGGAUGAGGAGGAGGAGGAGGAGAAAGACCAGCCUGCCGAGAUGGAGUACCUUAACUCUCGCUGUGUCCUUUUCACUUAUUUCCAGGGAGACAUUGGGUCAGUAGUGGAUGAACACUUCUCAAGAGCUUUGGGCCAAGCCAGCACCCUCCAUCCAGAAUCUGCCAUUUCAAAAAGCAAGAUGGGGCUAACCCCCCUAUGGCGAGACAGCUCAGCUCUCUCUAGCCAACGGAGUAGUUUCCCAACUUCUUUUUGGACCAGCUCUUACCAGCCCCCACCUGCACCCUGUUUGGGGGGAGUUCAUCCUGACUUCCAGGUCACUGCACCCCCUGGCACCUUUACAGCAGCAGACCCCAGCCCCUGGCCGGGACACGGGCUGCAUCAGACUGGCCCAGCCCCUCCCCCUCCCGUGUCUGAGUCCUGGCACUAUCCUUUGGCAUCUCAGGUGAGCCCAUCCUACAGCCACAUGCAUGAUGUGUACAUGCGGCACCACCACCCCCAUGCCCACAUGCACCACCGCCACCACCAUCACCACCACCACCACCCUGCUGCUGGCUCUGCCCUGGAUCCAUCGUAUGGGCCCCUGCUGAUGCCAUCAGUGCGUGCAGCCAGGAUUCCUGCUCCCCAGUGUGACAUCACAAAGACAGAUCCGACUACAGUCACCACUGCUACCUCAGCGUGGGCCGGAGCCUUUCAUGGAACGGUGGACAUAGUGCCAAGUGUGGGAUUUGAUACAGGUCUGCAGCAUCAAGACAAGAGCAAGGAAUCACCGUGGUACUAAAACAGUGUUAGUAAGUCACGUUGCAGCAUGAAUUCAAGGGCCCACUGGAAGAAGAUGCUGUCAGGAUCCUUCAUUCUGCAGAGGACAAGAGAGACGUGAAAAGAGAAGAGGAUGUGUCAGGCAGUUGACUUUGGUUUUGAGACUUUUCAGAGAGCAGAGUGGGUCCUAGACAAUGAGGAAAAUCAUUCUUGUUUCCCCCUCAUCUGAGCCUUUCCCAACUGAGUAACUCUUUCUUUUUAUGUUUUCUUGCUUUCAUCAAUACAUCAAUUAAUUUUUGUUUUAUUUCGAUUUUUUUUAUCUUUAUGAAUCAAUCACCUUGUCAGGAAAAGAUGAACCACAAAUGAAAAUGGUCAUUCUUUCAGGAACACAAUUUUGUAGCUCUAUGUGCAUCUAUUUUUGUAGAUAUACAGAAAGUUUGGUUUAGCCUUGAUGGGGUAUUUUUGAGGGACAUAUUUUUUUUUAAUAUUGUAAAAAUUGUUGAGUUCUGUUUAAAGAACUUGCUCUCAGAGAAGCACUGGCAAAUGUUUAAGAUGCUUGCCUUUAAGAGGCUGUGAUAUGCUCUGUCUGUGCUUUCUAGGUUACCUCAAGUGUUUGAUAUUUUCUCCUUCCUACAAAAGUAGCUAAACUAUCAUCAAACCAGUGCAGUAUUGUUUUAUAAUGAAUCUCAGUGAAAACAAUUCCAUGCUAGAGUUGUAUAUAUAGCUUUAAAAAGAAGUUUUUCUAAACGACCACAUUAAAGACUGGCUAUUUCAUUACUAUGGUUUCUAUCAAAGAGUUCUGGAAAGCUGUUUAGGAAAGAAGUUUGGUAAACCUUCAAAUCCGAAGGAGACUUUACUUAGAGCAUCAUAAUUCUUUUUCUACUCCAUCCAACCUUGAUAAAUGGAACCAGAGUUUAUAUACAACCACUUGUUGGGGGUGGGGAUGCAUUUACCAAUGGCGCCUGUGAGUACCAGUGUCUUAUUUUUCUUGUUUCUGCCUAUUCACUCAUGGCAAUUUAAAAAGUCUUAUUUUAAUUCCAUCUUUUCUCCCUGGGAAGCUUUUGAAUAAGUAGUAUCUGGGAAUGUACUAGACACAUCAAAAAGCUUUAGCUAUUUCUGCUAAUGUCACCCAUCCUUAUCAACUGAACACUAAUAUAUUCUAUCUGUAAUAAUUUUAAACACAGGAUUUUGCAACUCUUCUUUUUUGUGGUUUAAGUCUGUCUUUGCUUGACUUGCUUUUGUUUUAAGAAAAAAAAUUAGGGCAAAGUAAAAUUUAUAUUGAUAUUUAAAUUUAUGUCACAAUUACUGAUAUUGCACUAAAAUUGAUAAGUUGGGAAUUCAACUUGAUAUGACCUUCAGUUUCUAAAAAAUGAAGUGAGAAUUAUAUUAAGACUUUUUCAGUAAAGACUUGGAAAGUAGCACUGAUUAAUAAUUCAAGGACUUUACUGGCAAAGUCCAUUUCUUUUUUCAAUUGCUUUCAGAGAAGGUCAUAUACAAAAGUUAGUGUAAUAUAGAAAUUACAGUUUGAUGAAGAAAUUUUCUCAAGUUUCUCCCACUUUUCACCACUCACAUGAAAAAGAAUAUUUAAUGAAAUGCCAAUUUCCAUCCUUAAUUAUACACAUUUUGUGUGUGUGGAUGUUUUAGACACGAAUAACACAAUAUGUUUAUGUAGGCAGAGUUCUCAUAAAGAAUUUUAAAAUAUUUCCCAUAUUUCCUUUGUUACAUUUAAUGUAUUAAGUGUCUUAGUUUUCCUGGUGCAUCCUGUGCAUUUUAAAUUUAAACAGAUUCUCAUCGCUCCAUACUUUGCUUGUUUUUUACCUAAACUGUUUAACACAAUAUGCACAUUUUUACCAACAUGAGAUCCAAAUUUAAGGUAUAUUUUUCUCACUAGUGAAAGGAAUUUAAAGUUCUAAGAAGUGAUCAGAUUAAAUUAUGUGCAUUUUGCUCUGUGUUUUGAUCUGGUAUCGUUUUUUCGGUUGUAAUUUGCUCAAAUGUGUUAAGCACAGAGUUGAAUGAGCCUAUAAAACUCAUGUUGUCUUGUAUUCUCCUGAGUUUUCAAAGACAAGUAUUCAUAUGUUCCCAUGGGAUGACUCACUGAGGAUUAUUUAUCUGCCUCUUUUGCCUUGGGAACCUAUUAACUUCCUUUGCUAUUUCUCUUACAACAGUGUUUUACUCGAACUCUUUCAGAUCUUUCAAUUGGAUUUUCACAAUUGAGAAGGAAAAUAUUGAGUCCUUGCUCCUUUCCUUAUUCCCCAUCAAAUUGAAUUGAAUUAUAGAGAACAAUUAUAUGGCUUUAACCAGAAUUUAGACUUUGUUCUGUAUCUCUCUGAAUGACUAUUGUAUAAAACAUUUCUUGACUAUCAGAGCCUGAGAAAAGUUGGGAACCUGAAUUCUGCUGUACUCAGGAAGGAUAUGCAGGUGAUCUCUUCCAUUGAGAACAGGCCCAGGUGUGGUUUGCCCAAUACAGUUAAGGAACCUCUAAAUAUAGAAUGAGUGCUUACCUUUACAAUUGCCUGGCACCUGCUUGCUAUGGCCAUAUUACCAUUGUCAUCAGAAGUCAUAAAGGAGAAUGGGUUGUAAUUUAGCACAUUAUUCUGAAAUUAAGUUGAAAAUAUUAUCACCCCUGGGUCUGAUUUUUCUCAUAUCAAAAUGAUGGUGUUAGAAUUAAAGUUGUCACAACUGCUUUAUGGAGAGCUAUCAUCUACCUCCCCAUUUUCAUUUAGAGUCACUCAGACUUUGACCAUUUUACAAAUCAGAUUGUCUUCUGUGAACAAGACACUAGAAUAUAAUUUCUUAAGUUUUAAAUUUAAUUGUUUCUUCAAGAACUAAAGAGCAGCAUAUGUUGACAAGUUAGGAUCCUAAUAGGUUAUUUGAUUCCACAGUGUUGAUUUGAAAAGAGCUUUUGAGAAAUCAAUGUGUCUUCUUAAGAAGAUUGUCCUCUCUUAACUUUUCCUUCUAACUUAUCUCUUUCUCUUAAGAUUAUUCAUACCAUUAAACAAAAUGUUUAAUAUUACUCAAAAGUUUUCAAAAUGACAAACUAUAGAUUCUAAAUAAUCAGAGUCACUUUCUUUAACUUUAUAAAAGUUAAAAAAUUCUAGGCAUUAGCAUAAAAGAUGUCCCUAAACAACUUGUUGUUCAUUAUACAAGUAACAUUUGUCCACUCCUGUUUAAGACUACAGAAUAUAAGUGUACCCCAAGAAGUUCAUGGAAAAUAAUUAAAAGUAAGUUUAUUUUGGUGCAAAAAUUUUGAAAAUGCAUAUGUGGGGUCUCAAAAAUCUCAUAGAAUGUUCAUGUUAUGAAAAGCUAUGCAAAGAUUUCAAAACUAUUUUGCACCAAAAUAAGUUUAUCUUCAAUUUAAUUUCCUGUUAAGCUUUGAAGAUGGCCUUAUGUGACUGUAUCUAACUUUUGAGUUCACUACCUGGUUUAAUGUUGUGUUUGCAAUUUAAAGUGAUGAUUGGAAACUGAUAGGAAAUUCUGUUCUAUUCCUUACUGACAGUCCUUUGAAUAGUAUUUGCUGAAUUAAGCUAGUAAGGGUUAUGGCAUUAAGUGAUGGCAAAGGAAAGUAGACAUGCCAGAGUUAUGACAGGGAAAUGAGUGGAGAAGCAGAAUGAAUUAAUGGAUAAGAGCUUUGAUUUGAGGCCAUUCUCUGAAUUCUGCUUUAGCCACAAUUUGAUGUGUGGUUUUGGGGUCUUCAUUUGUUUAUGUCAUGAGUAAAGUGAGAUAGUGAUAUCAAACAGGCAGGCUGUUGAAACUGUUGACCAUUUGACUCACUAUAGAUGUUUACUAUAAAUGUCUAUCAAUUGAGUAAGCAGAUCAUUAAGCUGACCUCCAACUUCUCUUCUCUUUGCUUAUAAUAUGCAUUUCUUCAGCAACCAAGUCACUAUAUGAUUACUUUUCUGUAGGAAAUUAUUGCAAAGAGAAGAUUUUCUCCUUACUGGAUGUGGGAGAUAAUGUAUAUUUAUUUCUUAACUAGCUUUGACUUCUUACUUUAUCAUUUACAAAGGAAAAAUAAGUUCUUAGUGUAUGUCCCACCCUGAUUUUCCUCACAUAUCUCAAUUUUUUAUUCAUUCCCCCAUGUAUUGUGUCUCCAAAAUUAAUGGGAUAGUGUCAUUAAUUCACCAGAGUUUAUAUUGUUCAGUUAUCUUUUGGGUUUCCUUGGCACCUGAAGUAAGACAUUUCUUUUGAGUUAUCCAUUUUUUUUCUUUACUUGUCUUGGAGGAAAUGUGCAAAAUAUGGUGGAAAAAAUCUACAUGAAAAAGGGGGAAAAACACAAGCCUUUAAGAUCUCAGUCAGCAAAUUUACUCUACUUGAGAAAAAAGAAACAACUUUAUUAGAAGCAGAUGUUGACACUGUGUCAGUUAUUGAAGAUGGAAAGAGUUCACUCGAACCAUUGCCGUUACAAAGGGGUAUUGACGGCCCUAAGAAUUCCUGUGACUGAUCACCUUUGCAGCUGACAGAAGGACAGCAGAAACUGUGGAGGACCAAGAGUGAAACCAGCCUGCCAAGGUUAAUGUACGGGACCCUAAUCUCUCAGUUCUUUCUUUUCUCUUCUGCAGGAUCAAAUAUACAUCUUUCAGACAAAGUAAGGCUUGUUUGAGAGGGAAAUUACAGAUUUUUUUUAUAACAUUUAAAGGCCAAAGAGCUCUUUAAAUCUACUACUAAAGCAUUAAAUCUACGAUUAAGAUGGCUUUGGAAAAUAUAGGCUAGAAUUUUAGUUCAACAAUGUAUGUAGAAGAUGAAUACAUAAACUAUUUAAAAGUGUGUGCCUCUGGCAUUUGGGGCAGGAGUGUAGCUGGCAAAGAAACGUCAGUUUCAACAGUUUCAAAAUGUUAAUAACGUUGAUGUCUUGGUCAUGGAGAUUGAUCACAGAAAAGACUUUCGAAUUUUUCAGUAGCUUUUAAGAACACUUUAAUGUUCUCUGGGAAUUGCACCCCAUAUUCUUGUCUAACCUAUAGUCAUUCUUGUUAAAAUAUCUUAAUUUUUUAUUCCUUUUAUUGUUCAUUGCCGUGUCUCAUUUGAAAAAUAUUCUGUAGUUUCAAGUUAUUGAUCAAACAAGUAUCCUCUUGAAGUUGUAGCUAGUUUGAUCCAACAUUUAUCUGAAUCUCCUAUUUAAGUUUUAAGAAAUUCUAAUAGAUUUAAGUGUAAUUUACCAAUUGUAGUAUAUAACAAACAAGCACACAUUCUACAAAAUGGCAAGAUAUCAAUUUCCUUUUUAACAAUUUCUGGACAAUUAUAUUUGACCAAGAACAAUUAUGUUAGAAUAUGAGAUUGUUUAGAUCCUUUUUUUUUUUUUUUGGUAUAAGAUGUGAACUUUUCUUAUGAUGUUUCUUUAUGCUAAUGGAGAUGUACAUUUUUUCUAUACUGUGGCUAGAACAAAAGUUAAUAACGGUUAUUUACACACUUGAUUUAAUUUCUUAGACUAUGUAAAUCUUGGAUAUUAUAUCUGAUUAAAAAUAUUAUUCCAUACAUUUUUCAAGAUAUAUAAUACAAGGAAAGGUUUUCAUGUGAAUUCUUUGUAUAAUUUUAAAAGGAAAAUGUGGGUUCAAUUUGUUUCUAUCACAUAAAUCUAAGGUAAAAUGCUUUCAUGAUGAAAAAUACACAGUAUAGUGAAGUUUAUGUAUUUGUCACUUGAUUAGGUAAACUUAAAAUUAUUAAUUAUAAUAUUACCAUACAGCUUUUAUAUACAAUGAAAUUCCAGAUUUGUUAGAGAAAUUAACUAUUCUUAGUUAUGCUGUCAUCCUAAUUUACAAAAUAUAUCAUUCAUAAAACUUUGGACUAUAUAAGAUAAUUAUAAAAUCAUAUUUUUUGCUUAUUGUGAGGUUGAAGAAGAGACAUUUUCUUAUUUCUCUUCAUUGUUCAAUUGCAGGUUUUAUGACUAUGUCUCAGUGAUAUAAGAUGAUGAAAAUUUUGUAAUUAAAACAGAUGUCAUUAUGUUCAAUUUGUUCAAUAAAUAAUUUAAUGUGAAUUUAA